UCUGGGUCUUAUCUCCAUAAUCGUUCAAUUUAUGAACUUUCGCCUGUAAUCAACAAUCACAGAAUCAAUUCAACACAGCACAGCACGUCACACUGUGGUCACAGUCUGGGAUAUCUGGGAACCUGCGCGAGUAAGAAGUGCGUCGUCUCGCCAAAGGACGAAUGGACCGGAGACGUCUGGUAUCAGAAAUGGACUAACACGCACUGGCAUAUAAUGGAUGGUAUACUGGCCAACAGUCACGAUUUCAGGGCAGGACAGAGGGCCUCCCCUUGUAUGAGCAUCAUGCAGUAGAGCAGAGAGCGGCUACUUCAACCAGAGUGUGUGGGAGUGAAAGGACCCGAGGGCGUCAUGGCUGUCUUUAAAUUAGAGAAUGUGGAGGACCUGUACGAGAUCGGGGAGGUGCUGGGCAGUGGCCAUUUUGGGCAGGUGCGUGAGGUGCGAGAGCGGGCUUCUGGGGUGCGAUGGGCGGCCAAGUUCCUGAAGAUCCGCAGGGGAGCCGGGAGCCGGCUGGGGAUGGAGAGGAAGAGUGUGGAGAGAGAGGUGGAGCUGCUCCAGGCCCUCCAGCACCACAAUGUCAUGGCCCUCAAGGACGUGUUCGAGUGCAGAGCUGAGAUCGUCCUCAUCGUGGAGCUUAUCAGUGGAGGGGAGCUGUUUGACUUCAUCGCAGAGAAGGAGAACUUGACGGAGUCCGAGGCCAUAGAGUUCCUCAAACAGAUCCUGCAGGGAGUGAGCUACAUGCACAGCAAACACAUCUGCCACUUCGACCUCAAACCAGAGAACAUCAUGUUGUCAAGCAAUACCCUGCCCAAUACAGAUAUCAAGAUCAUAGACUUUGGCAUGGCCCACCGCUUCAUCCAAGGGGAGGAGUACAGAAGCAUGGGAGGCACCCCCCAGUACAUAGCUCCCGAGGUCAUUAACUAUGAACCACUGAGCACAGCCGGAGAUAUGUGGAGCAUGGGCGUCAUCACUUUUAUUCUACUGAGUGGUCUCUCCCCCUUCCAAGGGAACACGGAUGAGGAGACGUUACGCAACAUUGUGGGGAUGCUCUAUGAGUUUGAUGACUGCCACUUCAGCCAGACCAGCGCCAUGGCCAAAGACUUCAUCCAGAAGCUCCUGGUCAAGGCUCCAAAUGAAAGGAUGUCAGCUGAGGAGUGUCUAAAUCACCCAUGGAUUAAGCCUCUUACACGGACACAGGUUGCCAAAAGGAACCGUUCCUCCAUCAACAUGAGGAAUUUCAAGAGAUUCAAUGCCAAGAGGAAAUGGAAGAUGUCCUAUAACAUGGUGUCAGCCUGUAACCGGCUUUGUCGUCUGCAGCUGCAUUGCAAGACUAGUGCCUUGCAGGAUGAAGAGCUGUCAAACACCUGUACUCCCCACUCUGCACUCCAGUCUGUAAUCCCUGAGGAUGAAGAGUUGAGACAGUGUGAAAGCGACCAGGAAGAAAGCGAGACCAAAACCUCAUCGCUCCUCCGCCGCAGACUCAGCAGCAGUUCCUAAAGCCACCAGUGGGGGGCAGAUUUGCCUUGUCCCGCACCGCAAAUACUGACCAGUAGAUGGAGCAAGAGGGACCCAGACCGGAACCUCCAUUCUCCGACUGCAGACCCUACCUGCAGAGUGCCCGCUGGCAUCGGCUCAGCUAGAUGAAACACAACGAGGAGAUGGGGUGAACGUUCCCUGCAAGCUGCUUAUACAUAUCAGCAUAAAAAAAACAUUUCCU